AUAUAUAUGGACUUUUUCGGGCAGGAAGAGCAGGCUGUGCGUGCGCGCGCGUGUGUGUGAGUGUGUCGCUGUGUGAAAAAAGUCCGUCACCUUUUUGCAGCAUCUUUCCGUGCAAGGCCUCCCAGAAAGGGGAACCUCCUCGGCUGGUGUCCAUCGCAACUUCGGUCGUGUGUCGUGUGUUUCACGUGUGGCUGCUGUGACCCAUUUUGCCUGACCUGGCUGGUUUUGACCAAAUCCCAUCCGGGUGAAGGCAACCAUCAGCCCCUCACCGUGUACCAACGAAAGGAAACAGUGCGAAAUUCACGUCACAGAUAGUGCCGGAAGUACGGUGCGCGAGCGCGCGCGAUUGUGUGUGUCUGUGUCUACUACUGUCUGUGCGCUCGUCUGUGCGUGCAUGUGUUUGUGUGUGAGUGUGUGUAUUUUGCAAAGUGCUAGCGUGUUUCCCAAGUGUGACUAAGUUCGUGGCACGCUGUGACACGUCCCGCGCGGCACGGUGAAAGGUGGUCCGGUCGGACGGAAUUCGUUUGCUACCCGAUUUCACAGGCCCCACCGGUCCGGGAACAUCACCGGUUCCGGCGCUUUCGUGUGCAUCCGGUGUGUGCAAUGUCCGGUUGCGUUGGUGACGGAUCGUUUCUAGCCCACAGCAGCAGGCCCCGGAGCAGACGGUGAAGAAGGCAACGCCACCGAACGGCAAAACGAGGGGGUGCUGGCCAGAAGGUCGUUUGCAUGAGCCCGGCCGUACCUGAGCGGACGAUGUAGCGGACAACCGAAACCAUCUAGGCAUCUUUACUUGCGACGUGUCACAGAAAACGAACAUACUGCAUGCCGCAGUCCCUUGGCGUCAUACAAAAUACCUGCCUUCCCGUACGGUUUUUGUGUGACUGACAAGAGUUGAUACAAGCGGCAGAAAUUCCUCAAAGCUCAACAACAACGACGACGCACCACGACGUUCUCAGGCGCUACACUUCCUGCAUCCUGUUUGCCGUAAAGUAAAAGCAGGAGCAAACACACACACACACAAACGCGCCAUAUCGUGGUACACUCCUGUCCCAGGGCUCUCCUCCGGGGAAGGACAUUGCGUCGCUUCCCUCUCAUAUCAAAACACGCACCCACUCACACACAACCAUCAGCUACCGCAGGAAAAGGAGGACGCGGCGCGUGAGCACACGUUUUUCAUCGAUCGGCGGAGAAAAAGCAGGAAGUGUCCCGUCGCCCGCUCCGUAACGUUUCAGCGUCCGUUUGACCAGCCGAGCCUUGGCAGGCCGUUUUCGGUGUAAGCGUUGGAAGCCCUGCAACUUUCCGACAGGUGUACCAGUCAUUCGGGCGUGUAGUUCGAAGCUUGUUGGAUGCGCGAGACACCGGGUGUAUUUGUCCGCCUGCCUAUAACAAGUCACAACACCUGUAAGAGCGAACGGCGCGCAAGAUUCCUUAAAAGGGUACAAACGACGAUUCGCGCAUAAUUACGCGCAAAGGACACGUGCUCGUUUUUGUACCGCCAUACUACAGCAACAGCACCAGCAGCAGCAGCAGCAGCAGCAGAGCGAACGUGCAAAACUCCUCUUUCGACGCCGCCUGCAUCGCCGGUGUCGACGGAACUGUUGUGGCCUCGUGGGACGAUGUGCGCGAUCUGCACUGCCGUGCCGGAGACUGACCGCUUUGUGCUGAGAUAGCAUAGAUACGCGCGCUAUCGUCGUCGUCGCCCGCUUGCCGAGCCGAGUGUCGCGCAGCUGAUAAGCGCCGCCGACCUGCUCGCAUCCGCCACCGACCGUUCGUGCGCCGCCCGCCGCUUAUCAGCGCAACGGCGCGAUCAUUGCCACCGCCGCCAACCAAUAUAGCGCAUAACAAGAGUGCGGCAUCCCCCCGCAGUGCCUCCGGGCAGACGCAAAAGCACCUAAGCAAAGGGGGAAGGUAGGGGCUCAAACCCUUCCACUCCAUUUCAAACAAAGCCACACAAACACACACUUACAAUCAAAAGCCCCGGGAGGGGUGAACUGGUGCCACUCACCAACACAAGCGCACCCGCGAGCGCACAAAAAAAUCAACCCCACACUCCAACGUCCCCCCCCCCCACCACCCCCCUCUCUUUCAGUGGCAUCAUUACCGCGGUUAAGGUGGUGGUCGUUGGUGCUAGAGCGCGUCGCUGUGCCGCGGCAGCCACCGAUUGCGUGCCGGCAGUCGUUGAAGGCAUCGUCGGCGGCGUGCUCGUUGCAUUCUCGUGCGCGAGCUACUCCGAGCUCCGGCACCGUGCCUCAGUCAGUCUGAUCGCGCGUCGGAGUGUCGCACGGGUGAAACCUCCCUGACGCGCGCCGUCUCUGUGUGUUUGCGUGUACGUAAGUCGGGUGAUACAUGAUGCCACUGGCGGAAGGGUCGGCCACUGCCGAUCGGUACUCGUCGGCGGGCUCGGUGGCAGGAUCGGGGUUGGCAGCCGCCCAGCUGGACACGGCGCUUACCGGCGAUCCUGCUGCUGCUGCUGCCGCCGCCGACCACUUUGUGGUUGUGGACGAAACCGAUCGUGCAGCCCACCCCGGCGGCCACGAAGGUGACGAGCUGGAGGAGGUAGAUUUUGGCGAUCCGGCGGCGGUACAGAUCAAGAAAGCGCGUAAGUCCCUACUACUCCUAUCGAACCACAACAACCACCACCAACAUCAGCAUCACCGGGCGCACCGGUACGACAUUGAGCAAGAGAAAACGCACCCUGACGCUGUGUCUACUUUAGCGGAGCUGUUGCAGGACUCCCCCGGCCUUCAGGCGUCCGUGCACGACAUCCUGAACGAUGGCGAGGAGGACCAGAUGUUCAUCACCGGGUACGAGCGCUGCCUGCGCAAAACGUUCCUGUGCUACGUUGGGUUUCUGCUGACGUUCGGCAUCCUGCGGCUGGUGAUGCACUGGCGGCAGCACUGGCUGCUGCUUGCUACGCACCGGGAGUGUUCGCUCGAUCGGGCGGAGAAGGUGCUGAUACACGAGGCGUACCAGCGCAAGCACGACCUGUACUACGUGAAGGACGUCAUUACGCUGAGCGGCGAUGUAGUGAGGGAAAUCGUGGACAGUGAGAAGAAAAAGCCUAGCUCAACCAACGCCCGGAACGUCAUCAAAGAGCUGACCCAGAAUGGGAUCCCCGAUUACGGCGCGUUCCUGCGCACGCUGGACCCGUUCCAGGUGGCGUACCAUCGCACCGGCGGCCGGUUCGAGCACGCGAGCACGAUGCGCUACUUCAGCUGCAAGAAGCUGCGCUACAUCUGGUGCGAUCAGGCGAAAAAGUUCGUGAAGCUGCAGGGCCUGGACGUGGAGGUGCCGAGCGUGCUGAUCCACCACACCAAGGGCCUGUCCGUGUACGAGCAGAGCAUCCGGCGGUUGAUCUACGGCAGCAAUGAGAUCUUCAUACCGCUGCGCAGUGUGCUCACGCUGCUGUUUCUCGAGGUGCUCAACCCGUUCUACGUGUUUCAGAUCUUCUCGGUGGUGCUGUGGUUUUUCUACGAGUACUACUACUACGCGGUAGUGAUCAUACUGAUGAGCGCGUUCGGCAUUACCGUGUCGAUCAUACAGACGCAGCGCAACCAGCGCGCCCUCUACUCGACGGUGCGCAGCACCGACACGGCGAUGGUCGUGCGCGACACGAUGCUGUCGGAGUCGAUCGAGACGCGCUUCCUGGUGCCGGGCGACGUGCUGGAAAUACCGGCCACCGGCUGCACGAUGCAGUGCGAUGCGGUCCUCCUGUCCGGCAACUGCAUCCUCGACGAGUCGAUGCUGACGGGGGAGAGCGUGCCGGUGACGAAGACGCCGCUGCCGCUGCGCCGCGACCUCAUCUACAACCGGAAGGAGCACGCGCGCCACACACUGUUCUGCGGCACGCGCGUCAUCCAGACGCGCUACAUCGGCAGCGAGAAGGUGCUGGUGAAGGUGCUGAACACGGGCAACAUUACGGCGAAGGGGGGGCUGGUCCGGUCGAUCCUGUACCCGCCGCCGGUCGACUACAAGUUCGAGAAGGACUCGUACAAGUUCAUCACCGUGCUCGGGAUCGUCGCGUUCUGCGGCUUCGUGUACACGCUGUACACGAAGAUUAGCCGCAGCAUCGGCGCGGUGAAGAUCAUCGUGGAGUCGCUGGAUCUGAUCACGAUCGCGGUCCCGCCGGCCCUGCCCGCCGCCAUGACGGUCGGGCGCAUGUACGCGCAGAAGCGGCUGAAGCGCAGCAACAUUUACUGCAUCUCGCCGCGCGCCAUCAACGUGUCGGGCAGCAUCGAUUGCGUUUGCUUCGACAAAACCGGCACGCUGACGGAGGACGGGCUCGACAUGUGGGGCGUGCUGCCGAAGGACUCGACCAACAGCUUCCAGAUACCGCUGAAGGAUGUGGGCCGGCUGCCGAUGAGCGACCAUCUGCUGUUCGGCAUGGUCACGUGCCACUCGAUCACGUUCGUGAAUGGGGAGAUGCGGGGCGAUCCGCUGGAUUUGAAGAUCUUCGAGUCGACGGGGUGGAUACUGGAGGAGGCGAACGUGUCCGACGAGACGAAGUACGACAUGCUGUUCCCGACGAUCGUGAAGCCGCCGCGGGGGGACUCGCGCGACGAGCUGAACCUCGAGCUGGACGUGGCGUACGACAACUCGAACGACAUUGGCAUUGUGCGCGAGUUUUCCUUUACCAGUGCGCUGCAGCGCAUGUCGGUGGUGACGCGCAAGGUGUCGGACAACCAUUUCAACGUGUACGUGAAGGGUUCGCCGGAGAUGAUUAGCUCGCUGUGCCGGCCGGAAAGCAUACCGGAGGAUUUCCAGUCGAAGCUCGGGUUUUACGCGCACCAGGGCUAUCGGAUCAUUGCGAUCGCGUACAAGCAGCUGGACAAGAAGCUCAACUACCCGAAGGUGCAGAAGAUUGCGCGCGAGAAGGUGGAGUGUGAGCUGGAGUUUUUGGGCUUUGUCAUCCUGGAGAACCGGCUCAAGACGGACACGGAGGAGGUGAUCGAAAGUUUGAAUGCGGCCAACAUACGCUCGGUCAUGGUGACCGGGGACAAUCUGCUGACGGCGGCAAGUGUUGCGCACGACUGUGGCAUGAUACUGGCCGGCCAGAAUCUGGUCACGGUGACGGCGCACGCCGACAAAGCGAACCCGGACCGGUACUUCCUGUCGUACGACAUCACGGGCCAGCCGCAGCUCACGCAGUCCGACAUCAUGAACGACAAUCAGGUGGACGGGAGCGUCGGCGGUAAACCGGACGGUCCGCUGCGGGUGAAGGAAAACGGCAACUACGUUCCGAUGACGGAAUCGAACAGCAUCAGCAGCUCGAUCGACACGUGCACCAUCACGACGCAGCUGAGCGACAAGGAGCACCGGAUCGUAAUCGAACCGGCCAGCGACCACGACUGCCACUCGCUGGCGACCGACAUCGGCAGCAUCAAGAUGGUGGCGAACGGUGUGCCCGGCAAGCUCGGGCCCGGCGGUGGCUCCUCCUUCCGCUUCGCGCUGACCGGCAAAACGUGGGCAAUCAUUAACGAGCACUUCCCGGAGCUGGUCAGCACGAUCACCACGUACGGGACGGUGUUUGCGCGCAUGUCGCCGGACCAGAAGCAGCAUCUCAUUACCGGGCUGCAGCAGCUCGGCUACUACGUGGCCAUGUGCGGCGAUGGAGCGAACGAUUGUGGCGCCCUGAAGGCGGCCCACACCGGCAUCUCGCUCUCGGAGGCGGAAUCAUCCGUCGCGUCACCGUUCACGUCCAAAAACCCGACCAUCGCCUGCGUACCGAACGUGAUCAAGGAGGGCCGGGCGGCACUGGUGACGUCGUUUGGUAUAUUUAAGUUUAUGGCUGCGUACUCGCUCGUACAGUUCGCGUCCGUCGUCAUCCUGUACUCGAUCGACUCGAACCUGACCGACUGGCAGUACCUGUACAUCGAUCUGUUCAUCAUCUCGAUCGUGGCGUUCUUCUUCGGCAAAACUUCCUCGUACGAUGGGCCGCUGGUGAAGCAAACACCUUCCAACUCGCUCAUAUCGCUCGCACCGCUGCUUUCGCUCGCCCUGCACAUGAUGGUCGCGAUCGGCAUGCAGCUGGCCGGCUGGUACCACGUGCAGGCGCAGCCGUGGUUCGAACCGUUCAACUACACCUCCGACCGGGAGCUGAACGAUCACGGCUGCUUCGAGAACUAUACCAUCUUUGCGAUCUCCUGCUACCAGUACCUCAUACUGGCGAUCGUCUUCUCCAAGGGUGCCCCGUACCGGAAGUCCAUCUUCUCCAACUACGGCUUCAUCAUCAGCAUCCUGGUGAACGUGGCGAUCGCGAUCGUGCUGACCGUGUACCCGCCCGCCUGGAUAGCGGAGCAGUUCGAGCUGGUCAUGCCACCGGACGGGGAGUUCCGCUUCCGGCUGUACCUGGUCGCGUACGGGCUGAUCAACUUCCUGCUCUCGAUGUUCAUCGAAACGGUCAUCGUGGACGAGAUCGCGUUCAAGCGGCUGCGCUACCGGUGGCACAAUGUGGCGAAAUCGCGCCGCAAGUACUUACAGAUACAGCACAACUUUCAGCGCGACAUCCAUUCGCCGAGCGACUUUAAAACCGUGUUCGGAUGGUCGAGCGAGAAGUACGAUUACUGACGCCACCUUCCUGCUGCUGGUAAGGGCGUAAAGUUGGCGAUGCUGCCGCGCAACCUGUGUGCGCAACGGCUCGCAUGGAUGUUGCUGGGCGUGGCGGUUGCCGCCGUGUGCCACUGGAAGGACGCAGGCUACUACAACAGAGAGGCCAAGGUUCGGUAGCACUCCCUGAACCGUUCCCUCCCACGGUGUGUGUUUGUGUGUGUGCUGUGCUCGUAUUUUUAAUUGACCCCGGGACGCGCGCGUCAGGAAAGGAGCUCCGAAAUUGUUGAUACUACUGUGUAUGUGAUAUGUAUGGCUUUCUUACACACGCCACGGAGAGUGAAACCACACAGGGUCAUUAUGGGAAGAGGCCCGACAACCCUAAAAAAAAAUCGGGCGUGUUACGAUUGAAAGACAAUAAUCCAGGAUUCCCCAUCGCAGACACACACACACACACCAUCAUGUGGCGUCCUUGGUGUCCUCCGGGGUGUCUUAAACAGGGCGAUCUGUCUAAAGCGGAUGGUAUAUAUGUAUUGGUUUUUGGUGAAGGAGCCAACAGGACAGGGGGGUUAUUCUCCCAAAGCUCCCCCUCAUAUUAGAGGUACUUUUUGUGCGGACGAAGGAGGUGCUGGUGCUGUACGUAAUGAAAAUGUAGAUAUAUUUAUACAAGCAAAAACACACUCACACACCCGCGGUAUUGAUCAAUAUAUCAGCAUUGCCUCUUUCUGCACCUCACUCGAGUAUUUGGACAUGUGACGAAGUCGAGCGCCGACGAAUCGGCUAUUUAGGAUGGAGGAGAGAGCAGCCUUUAAUGCAACGGAAAGUGGCGAGUGGCGUUUUUUUUUUGACAAAAUUACCAACAAUCACACCAAACACGACGAAGGGCAUAGGUAGCGAGCUGUUGGUGUGUCUUAGGACGAACGAUUAGUCAUUAGUCCGUGUUCUGUCCUUUGGUUUUCGUGGAAAAAGGGAGGAGUUCUGGUUUGUGGGGUCGUUGCGAUAAGCAUAGCAAAUUAGAUAGCAGGAAACAUGUAAGCACAGGUUGUUAAGAAAAGUUCACAAAAGUAGACGGCCAUACGCUUCUUACUACUAGAGGGCCCAGGUAGCACGAGCACACCAAACCUAGUGUUGGGUAAAAUUGGCAAAAAUCCGGAGUCGACUCCACUCCGACUCCGCUUUUUUUGGAACCGACUCAGGAAGAUAGGUCUGCCUGAGCAGUAUCCGGAGUCAUCCAGUGUCGUUCGGAGUCACCCGGAGUCCUCCGGAGUCGUCCGAAGUCAUCAGGAGUCGGAGUCAUC